AUGAAUAUAUUUUUAAAUUUAAUUCAAAAAAUAACACAUUUUGGAGCAACAGAGGAUGAUAGAUCAUUUCUUGAAGAAAUGUCUAUAUGGGAACAAAAACUUAAGAAUCUUCCUCAUACGAAACAUCUUAUAAAGACCAUCAGACUUUCUUUGGAAAAGGUACUAGAAAUAGAAGAGAUAAAUGAAAAACUUAAUACACUAAACAUGAUAAAAAAAAGGUUAUUUUCCGAAAUUUGUAUCAUAAAAAAGUUUCUUAGUGAAAUAAAUCAGUUAUAUGAAGUACAAGAAGAUAUAGAAAGAUCAUUUUCCAAAGCAGAAACCUUAUGGAAACAGUUAAAAGACCUAGACAAUAUUGUUUCUCAAAAAUUAAAAGAAAAAAAUCUAUAUGAUUAUAAAAAAUGGAAAUCUAAAGCCCAGAAUGAUCUUGAGGAAUAUAAAAAAAUGAGACUAAAUAAAUUAGAAAAAAAAAAACUAGAUUAUGAUGAACAAUUAAGAAAAUUUGCUCAAGAAAGGAAAAUGCUGUAUGAAAAUAUAAAAUCUAUUCCCUCAUCUUCAAAGGAAAAAGCAUCAAUAAAUUUAGAAGAAGAACUUAAAAAUAUUGAACUUCCAUUAAUAUUAAAUGAAUUAGAAUCUUUUUUUGGAGAAAUUAAAGAACCUGAUAUAACAAAUUUAACAAUAUUCGAAAAAGAUGAUCACAAAAAACAUAAUCCAACAAUUGAUAUUAUAGAAGAUGAAGAUUUUAACUCUUCAGAAUAA